AUGCUCAUUAUAACGUUGGGCCACGAUCGCGCUCAAGCGGUAAACGACGAGGUCGAGCGCCUAUCCAAAGCGGGUUCUAUCGUCGAAGUGCGUUACCCGGGGUGGCUCGCGAACCCGGUCGUGGUGAAGAAGAAGAACGGCAAAUGGCGUGUCUGCGUGGAUUUUACCGAUCUCAACAAGGCGUGCCCCAAGGAUAGCUACCCGUUCCCGCAUAUCGAUCGGCUCGUAGAGGCAACAGCAGGGAACGAGCUACUAUCCUUCAUGGAUGCUUUCUCCGGUUACAACCAGAUCCAAAUGCAUCCGGACGAUCGGGAGAAAACAGCGUUCAUAAUUGAUCGAGGGACCUACUGCUACAAGGUCAUGGCGUUCGGCUUAAAAAACGCUGGAGCAACGUAUCAACGCCUGGUGAACAAGAUGUUCGCGGAGCAGCUCGGCAGCACCAUGGAGGUAUACAUCGACGACAUGCUCGUCAAUUCGCAACGCGUCGAGGAUCACAUCGGACAUCUCAGCACCUGCUUUGACAGUCUCAACAAGCACGGGAUGAAGUUGAACCCGACCAAGUGCACCUUCGUAGUCACCUCGGGAGAGUUCCUUGGAUACAUCGUCACGAAGAGAGGUAUCGAAGCGAACCCCAAGAAGAUAGCGGCUGUUCUGGAACUCCCCUCGCCAAAAACCACCCGCAAAGUACAACGCCUGACCGGCCGAAUCGCGGCGCUCAAUCGCUUCAUCUUGAGAUCGACAGACAAGUGCCUCCCUUUCUACCAGCUGCUCCAAGGAAACAAACGCUUUGAAUGGGACUCCAAGUGCGAGGAGGCUUUCCAGGAGCUGAAGCUCUACCUCUCGACGCCCCCGGUCCUUUCGAAACCUGAGCCCGGCGAAACGCUUUACCUGUACAUCUCGGUGUCCAGAUCGGCAGUCAGCGGCGUUCUAAUCCGUGAAGACAGAGGAGAUCAGAAGCCGAAGCCGAUCUUCUAUGUCAGCAAGACCCUGGACGACACGGAAACGCGCUACCCAACGCUAAAAAAGCUAGCCCUCGUAGUCGUCACCCCGACGCAGUCUGGCCGCAUCGCCAAGUGGGCAGUAGAGUUAAGCGAAUACGAUAUCGAAUAUCGUAACCGAACAUGCGAGAAAUCCCAGGUCCUGGCCGACUUCCUGAUCGAGCUCCCCCCGGACAUGAUCGGCGCCGACCCCAACGUAAGAGAAAGCUGGACACUGCACGUAGACGGUUCAUCCUCAAGGAACGGCUCUGGGAUCGGCAUUCGAUUGGAAUCCCCGACAGGCGAAAUCCUCGAACAAUCGUUCCGCCUGGCAUUCCCGGCAUCCAACAACGAAGCUGAGUACGAGGCCCUCAUCGCUGGAAUGCGCCUGGCGAAGGAGAUCGGCGCCAAAAAACUGCAAGCGUACUGCGACUCCCAGCUCGUCGCCAACCAGUUCAGCGGAGAAUACGUCGCCAAAAACGAUAGGAUGGACGCCUAUCUCAAAGUGGUUCCAAGUCUUGGCUCGAGAGUUCGACACUUUCGCCUGACAAAAAUCCCCCGAAGCGAUAACUCCUCUGCCGAUGCGCUCGCCGCUCUCUCCUCGACCUCAGACCCCGACCUACGCAGAGUGAUACCUGUGGAAAGCAUCGGCAUGCCGAGCAUCGACAUAGGCGAAACAAGCAUGGCCAUCGUCACGCUCGAACCCGGGGUCGACGAUGCCGAGGAGAUGAACGAACCGAUGGAUCCCGAGCAGGUCCUGCUACCCGACGACUGGCGAGAAGAAAUACGAGACUACAUUCACGACGGCAAAGUGCCGACCGAUCGAUGGGCCGCUCGGCGUCUCAAAGCAAAAAGCGCCUACUACAUGGUCCUGGACGGCAAUCUCUUCAGGCGAAGCGCCUCCGGUCCCCUCAUGAUUUGCGUCUCCGGUUCUGAGUCCCGCCUCGUCAUGGAAGAAACCCACUCGGGUGCAGGAGGAAACCACUCGGGAGGACGAGCCCUAGCAAUGAAAAUCAAGAAGAACGGCCAUUUCUGGCCGACCAUGAUAGCCGAUUGCGAGGCCUUCGCCAGCAAGUGCGAACCCUGCCAUAACAUGCGCCGAUCAUAUCCCGACCGACCGAGGAACUAA